AUGUCUCUCCCCCAAGCCACCAAGGACACCUCUGAGCACCCGCCCAAGACCGCUGUCGCCGCACCGGUCGACAAGGCGAACAAGGAGGCGGAUGUUGACCGCAAGUUGCGCCUCUACGGCGUCAUCGAAGCUUUCCGCCUUGGUCGCAUGCCCGACAACACCCAGAUUGACCGUGCACUGACACACAUCAUCCGCAACUCGCCCGUCGACGAGGGCAAGCUCUCGCCCGAGGGCCGCCGCCUAACUCAGGACGUCCGCGAUGUCAUUGAGACCGCUCGCGUGAUGGUCCAGCGCAAGAACGCCGACGAGCUCUUCCAGAACUUCAUGUGGAGCACUCGCCAGGUUGACUUGUCGCACGCGAAGAAGGACCCGAACGAGGUACUUCCCGUUGACGGCAACAAGGUUAAUCAGGAUAAGGAGCAGGCUACCAAGCACCUCCGCACGCUCUUGAACCUCAUCGUCACCAACUCCGAAGCGCGCAAGCUUCUCUCGGACUUCUCCGUCCUCGGCCGCGACGUUCUCGCUCGCACCGCUGAGCAUGCCGCCGGCAUGAUCCGCCCCGACCAGGAUCGUCUCCAGCAGGUCGACCAGUCGGCGCCUGCCGACCAGUUCGUCACUCAGGGCGGCCGCCCUGUCGGCCCCGGCGAGACGCCUGUUGCUGAGGCUUCGAUCCCGGGCGUCAACGGCGCCGUACGUCACCACCCCGAUGGCGGCGUCCACAUCGAGAAGGAUGGCAACAAGUAUUCUCCCGGCGAGGUCAAGCAGACUGCUAUCCAGCGCGGCCAGGAGACUGCUAACCAGACCGUCAACGAGGCUCAGCGCACUAAGGCUGAGGCUGACGAGGGCGCACUCGACACCGAGGAGAAGAAGCGCGGUUUGAAGGACCGCAUCACCGGCUUCCGUGAUGGCAUGCUCGACCGCGUUCCGCAGGAACACAAGGACAAAGCGAACAGCAAGUUUGAAGACUCCAAGCGCGUGCUCUCCGAGGAGUACUUCCCUGAGGAGCGUCGCGAUCAGUUCAUUUACCGUGGCAAGAAGGUCAUCGUCGAGUGCCAGCGUCACGAUGACUACCAAGAGAGCAUCAGGUGGCUCCUUGGCAUCGUCGAGGAGUACGCCGGCCAUGGACGCCACGUCGCUAACCACGGCAAGGAUACCCACAACCAGGUCACCAGCGACGGUGGACUCCAGACGUCUUGGGGUCAGCUUCGCACGCUUCUCGAGCGCUUCGCCAACAACCAGUCCAUGGACCCCAUGUUCAACGCCGCUAACGACCUCAUCGAUGACGCGCGCAAUGACCAGGAGUUCCGCGACUGGUGGACCCAGGUCGACACCUUCAUCCGCAAGGUUCUCCUCGAGCCGGGCUUCGUCCUUGAGCCGCAGUGCAACAACGAGGGCAACGCGAUCCGCGACUCGGGCCGCCGCUUCUACGACGAUAAGUACAAGGCGCACUUCGACCGUCUCUUCAGCACCAUCGGCGACUGGUUCAAGGCCAUGGGCGACGACCCCAUCAACAAGCGCUUCGGCGACGACCUCGCGCGCCUCACCCGCGACUUGCUCUUCGACGCGGAGGGCUCGUUAAAGUUCAAGCCUGAUCUCUGGCUCGACAUCCGCAAAGUCAUCCUCCCGACCAUCGUCGAGCAGGUUGGCUACGUUCCCAUCCCGCGCAUCGAGUACACAGACGACCAGCUCGACCUCGUCAUCGAGAACCUCACGUUCCAGGGCCGCAACAUCUUCCCGAACGUCGUCUCGAUGGAGGCGCACAACUUCGUCAAGUUCUCGCCGUACAACACCAUCAAGGACGAGUCGCACCACGAGUUCACACUCACGCUCGGUCACAUCCAGGCCGACAUGCGCGACGUCGCGUUCUACUUCCGCAAGAAGUCUGGUUUCCCCAAGCUCACCGACCAAGGUCUCGCGGACGUCGUUCUCGGCGGACAGGGUCUUACGGCUACCGUUCACCUCGCUUCAGCUAACAAGGACAAGUCCUCCGUCUUCAAGGUCAAGAACGUCAACGUCAAGGUUGACUCGAUCAAGUUCUCCAUCCGCGACUCGAAGCACGAUCUUCUCUAUAAGACGCUCCGCCCGCUCGCGACUGGUCUCAUCAAGAAGCAGAUCCAGAAGGCUGCGCAGGAUGCUAUCACCACUGCGUUCGAGUACCUCGACGGUCAGCUCGUCGCCGUCCGCGACCGCUACGCCGAGGCUAAGCGCUCUGACGAGGCGACCCGUGGCGAUGCUCUCAAGGCUGUGUUCCAGCGCAACAAGGAGCAGGCGGAGGCGAAGAAGUCCGAGGCGGCCAGCACGGCCAGCAAGCGCAACUCGCAGUUCAAGGUUGUCGCCAAGCGCGACAGCGCCAUCGUCCAGGCCGGCCACGAGGGCGGGUACUCCGUCAAGGCGCAGGAGCGCGCCGAUGCCGCACAGAAGGGCGAGACGUGGCACUCGGAGGCGUUCACCAUCGUCUAA